UAAAAUUUUGGUACUUCAAAUUUCCUCUCACGGUUUAAAUAAAUCAAUUGGUUAGUUCUAAAAUUCAAUCUGCUCCAUAAUGCUGUUUAAAUUUUUCGUUAUAUCCUUGUGGGUUUUCCACUUGGAAAAUGGUGCGGAAAGUGCGAAAGUACUGGGGAUUUUCCCAUUGGCCGGCCGCAGCUUGAAUAUUUUGUACAACAAACUGAUGAAGGGGAUGGCUGAUGCUGGACACGAAGUCACAGUUAUAAGCGCCUACAAGAAUAAACUGCCCAUUGAAAAUGGCUCUUAUACGGAUGUGAUUUUAACCGGUUUCGAAGAAGAAUAUGAAAAAAUUCUGGAAAAUGCCAAAUACCUGGAAACCGCAGAACAGUACCCGAUCUGGCAAAGCUACCACAUGCACCAGCUAAACCUGAUGAUCGAUAACCAAACCUUCUCUCACCCAAACGUUCUAAGAUUCCUCAAGGAGAGGCACGAAUUCGAUGCUGUUGUCACUGAAUAUGCAUGGGGCGAAGCCCAGCUGGCCCUAUCCAGCUACUAUCAGUGCCCCCUGGUGGUGUUGAUCAGCGUUGGAGGCGUUAAUUCUUGGGUUAACGACAUGCUUGGAAACCCCGUCCCCAUUUCCUAUGUGCCUCACAGCUGGAUGUUGGGCGACUUCUCUCAAGGGAUGAAUCUUCUGGAGCGGCUCCAUAACAUGCUGUUCUUCCUAUAUGACCAGUUUCUGAUCAGAUUCAUCCAGUUUCCAGCCAACGAUCGGAUUAUCCAGUCCUAUAUGCCCAAUGGACCCAAAGCUGCGGAUCUCUACCAUUCUCCUUCGCUGGUUCUUCUGGGGUCGCAUUCCAGUUUUAGGCAAUCUACGCCCAUGGCGCCCAACAUGGUAGAAAUUGGAGGCUUUCACAUCGAUCCUCCUCAACCUCUUCCUAAAGACCUGCAAUUGUUUCUGGAUGAGGCUCAGGAUGGGGCAAUUUUCUUCAGCAUGGGCUCCCAUGUGAAGAGCAAGGACUUCAGUGCGGAAAAGAAGCAGUUAAUUAUCAACGUAUUCGGCAGGCUCAAGCAGCGGGUUUUGUGGAAGUUUGAAGACGAUGCUCUGCCUGAAAAGCCCAGUAAUGUUAUGGUGAGGAAAUGGAUGCCCCAAAUUGACAUUCUAGCCCAUCCGAACAUCAAGCUCUUUAUCAGCCAUGGAGGACAUGGGAGUAUUCUGGAAGCGCUCUACCAUGGAGUCCCGACCCUGAUGAUUCCAGUUUUCCUUGAUCAAUUCAACAACGCUUUCCAGUCAGAGAGUCGGGGCUUCGCCUUAAAGCUCUCCUACAGGGACCGCAACUUUACCGAAGAAACGUUCCACGGACUGAUCAAGGAAAUGCUGAUUAAUCCCAAGUACCAGCUUCGAGCGCAGGAAUUAUCCAGACUGUUUCAUGAUCGGCCCAUGAAACCAAUGGAAACAGCCGUUUACUGGAUCGAGUACGUGAUUAGGAAUAAAGGAGCGGAGCAUUUCAAGUUAGGAUCCCUGAAGUUGGGAUGGUUUGAAUAUUGCAUGGUAGAUGUUCUGCUAGUUUUGGUUGGCAUUGUUGCCAGUUUGGUUAUUGUGUUGGUACUGGCCUUUAAAUGGGCGAUUGCUUGGUUUGGGCGGGCUGGAAAAAUUAAGCAACAGUAAGAGGAUUGCAAUAAAUUAAUUUUUAAUC